AUCAAAAGAAACUAAUCAUUGAUAAUUAAAAAUCAAAAUUAGAUAGAUUCACACAAUUAGUACAAUUAGUCAAUUACAAAUUAACUUUACGUACUCCCUCAAAAAUUUUAGACAAUCCUCAAACAUUUACGGAUCUCUUUUAAUUUAAUUUUACAUUCCUAAAUUUUCUCUCUCCAUUUUACGCGCAAUCCACCCACUAAACCCCACCUUUUCAAGAGUCAAGAUCCCAUCUUUGAUCUUUUCAUUAAUUUAAUCGAACACAUUCUCUUCACCUCCCCCUAUAAAUCCUCGUUUUUGUCAGAUCUUUCAUCAUUUCAUCCUCUUUCUAUUUUUCUCAUUUGGACUUGAAAAAAAAGGUGGAAAAUGGAGCAGAUUUUAAUGCAUGGUACUUUACAUGUUACGAUUUUUGAUGCUCAGGAUCUUCACCAUGGUAGCGAACCUGGUGUAUUCCGCAAGCUUAUGGCAAAUAUUGAGGAGUCUGUUGGUGUUGGGAAAGGAACCCCUAAAAUGUAUGCAACCAUUGAUCUUGAAAAGGCUAGAGUUGGGAGAACUAGAAUGAUAGAAAAUGAACCUUCUAACCCCAGAUGGUAUGAGUCAUUUCAUAUAUAUUGUGCUCAUUUGGCUUCAGAUAUUAUUUUCACUGUGAAAGAUGAUAAUCCCAUUGGGGCGACAUUGAUUGGAAGAGCAUAUGUACCUGUCGAGGAAAUCAUUGAAGGGGAAGAAGUUGACAAAUGGGUUGAAAUUUGUGAUAAAGAGAAGAACCCUCUAGAUAGUGGUGCUAAAAUUCAUGUGAAGCUGCAAUUCUUUAAGGUUACCCAAGAGAAGAGUUUCAAUCAUGGUAUUAGAAAUGGAAAAUAUCCUGGAGUUCCAUACACCUUUUUCCCACAAAGGAAAGGAUGUAAAGUCUCUCUGUACCAGGAUGCCCAUAUCCCGGAUAAUUUUAUUCCAAAGAUACCUCUUGCGGGUGGAAAGUAUUAUGAGCCUCACAGGUGCUGGGAAGAUAUCUUUGAUGCAAUUACUAAUGCAAAACACCUGAUUUACAUAACUGGAUGGUCUGUAUACACUGAGAUAUUACUGGUAAGGGAUUCAAGGAGGCCAAAGUCUGGUGGUGACAUUACCAUUGGCGAGCUGCUUAAGAAGAAGGCAAAUGAAGGUGUGAGGGUCUGUAUGCUUGUGUGGGAUGACCGAACAUCUGUUGGUUUAUUGAAGAAGGAUGGUUUGAUGGCAACACAUGAUCAAGAAACUGAGGAAUACUUCCGUGAUUCUGAGGUACAUUGUGUCCUGUGCCCUCGCAAUCCUGAUAAUGGUGGAAGCAUGGUUCAGGAUCUACAGAUUUCUACUAUGUUUACUCAUCACCAGAAGAUUGUUGCGGUUGACAGUGCAAUGCCUGGAGGAGGGUCAGAGCAGAGGAGGAUUGUAAGUUUUGUUGGGGGUAUUGAUCUUUGUGAUGGGAGGUAUGAUACUCCCUUCCAUUCACUAUUCAGGACACUUGACACUGCACAUCAUGACGAUUUCCAUCAACCUAACUUUCCUGAUGGUGCAAUUACAAAAGGUGGGCCUAGGGAACCUUGGCACGACAUUCACUCUCGUCUUGAAGGACCUAUUGCUUGGGAUGUCUUGUUCAAUUUUGAACAGAGAUGGAGAAAGCAGGGUGGGAAAGAUGUACUAAUCCCACUGAGGGAACUUGAUGAUAUUAUACCUCCCUCACCAGUGACUUUCCCUGAUGACCCUGAGACUUGGAAUGUUCAGCUGUUUAGAUCAAUUGACGGUGGUGCUGCUUUUGGUUUCCCUGACACACCUGAAGAGGCAGCCAAAGCAGGACUUAUAAGUGGUAAGGAUAAUAUUAUUGAUCGAAGCAUCCAGGAUGCUUAUAUCCAUGCAAUUCGCCGAGCUAGAAAUUUCAUAUACAUUGAAAAUCAAUAUUUCCUUGGAAGCUCAUUUGCAUGGGAGCAAUCAGAUGAUAUCCAGAAUGAGGAAAUUGGUGCCUUACAUCUGAUCCCCAAGGAACUCUCCUUAAAGAUAGUUAACAAGAUUGAAGCUGGUGAGAGGUUCACUGUUUACAUAGUUCUUCCAAUGUGGCCAGAGGGAAUGCCGGAAAGUGGAUCAGUUCAGGCUAUAUUAGACUGGCAAAGGAGGACAAUGACAAUGAUGUAUAAAGAUAUUAUUGAUGCUCUGCGGAAGCAGGGUAGCGAUGAGGAUCCUAGGAACUAUCUGACGUUCUUCUGCUUGGCCAACCGGGAGAUGAAGAGGAGCGGUGAAUAUGAACCUUCAGAACAGCCUGAGCCUGACUCUGACUAUGAAAGAGCUCAGCAGAACCGACGAUUUAUGAUUUAUGUCCAUUCAAAAAUGAUGAUUGUUGAUGAUGAAUACAUUAUUGUUGGAUCUGCCAAUAUCAACCAAAGAUCAAUGGAUGGUGCAAGGGAUUCCGAAAUAGCCAUGGGGGCCUACCAACCAUACCACUUGGCAACUAGGAACAAACGAGCACAGGGUCAAAUUCAUGGAUUCCGAAUGGCCCUGUGGUAUGAGCACCUUGGCAUGCUUGAUGACACUUUCAAUCAGCCUGAAAGCAGCGAAUGCGCUGAAAAGGUAAACCGAGCUGCAGAUAAAUACUGGGAUCUUUAUUCAAGCGAAUCUCUUGAGCGUGAUUUGCCUGGUCACCUGCUUCGCUACCCUAUUGGUAUAUCUAGUGAAGGAGAUGUCACAGAGUUCCCAGGCUCUGAAUUCUUCCCUGAUACCAAAGCACGAGUGCUUGGUACUAAAUCUGACUAUCUUCCACCAAUCUUGACUACUUAAGCUAAUCCAUUCUGAGAGGUAACAACCCUUUUACUCAUGCUAUUGUGAAACAUACCGGGAUUAGGCAUAAUAAUAAAGCUGUGUUUUUUAGUAGGCUGGUAAUUCAAACUUUCUACUGGUGUAUUCAGGUUUUCACAAGGAGUUUUAUUUUCAUUUUCCAAUGAUGUUGGUAGUUACCAAAUCUUUGUUUGAGUCGACUUGCCUUCGUAACAGAUCUCUAAGAUUGUUAACUAUAGAAUCUGUAUAGGCUAUCGACGUAUGUACUUUGUUGUGAAGUUUUUCCCCAUUUUGACUUAUUUAUACUAAGAUGAGGCAACAGGCUAUAGUUCAUUAGCUCGUGCUUUGAUUAUGGAUUCAGACAGUUGUUUCAGUUUGCAUCAGUGUUGUUCUGCAUUUGAAAAGCAUCUGUAUCAUUUUGGAGUUAGUUUUUCGGUAAA